AUGUUCUCGAGGCAAGUGUUCGUAGGAAUGUUGUUUCCUGACCAGACUGUGUCGAUGGCGUCAUUAAACUCGAUUUCCGUCGUCCCGCUAAAUGCGUUGUCUGGUGCGUGUAGCGCCGAACAGGGAGAGAAAAACGGGGGGAAGAUCGGACGUCAGAAGGAGAAAACCGUCGCCAACCAGAUGAGCCGCUUAUGAGGCACUGAUUACAUUGCAUGUGGAAGUAGGUGACGCCGCUGCCUUGUUGACUUGUUGAUUUUCAAGGCGAAAAUUGACAGUUACCAACAAUUAGCCCUGAACAAUAAGUCCUCAUGAAGCAUGACAAUUAGAGGGUGCCUCGCUCAACAUGUACACACUACGUACAGUAUGCAUACGACACGGAACUUAGACGGCAAGGGAGACACAGGACUCGUA